GCGGCGAAGCUCUGGCAUGGCGCAGCAGAGUGACGCGGUCGCUCGGUGCAACUGGACAUGGCGGCGCUGCUGAGAGGUCUGCGGGCUGGAAGGACCCUCCGGGGGCUGAGCAGCGGUAAGACCGGGCCGACCAGCCGGGUUGUUGCUGCUCCGUCUGCAGUGAACCCUCAGUGCAGCAACUUGAAUCGAGGUUUCCACAGAGCAGCUCUGAGGCUACAGGACGAGUCCAAAUCUGACAAACCUCCAUCCUCCUCCUCCUCCUCAUCGUCUUCAUCCACUACCUACCACGAGCACUACCAGGCUACAGAACAUGACACAGCAGCAGAAGCUUCCCAGCAUGACUCAGCGUCUGAUCCGGCAGCAGAGCAGCCUGAACGGCCAAACACCAGCUACCAGGACCAGAGCGGAGAACACGGUGAAGAGUACGAAACCGAGGAGCAGCUUCAGUCUCGAAUCCUGACGGCUGCUCUGGAGUUUGUUCCGCUACACGGAUGGUCGAUGGAGGCGAUCGCAGCCGGAGCCGAGACUCUGGGUCUGUCCUCCGCCUCCACUGGGAUGUUCUACAACGGAGCUGGAGAUCUGGUUCUUCACUUCAUCGCUCACUGCAACUCACAGCUGACAGAGAUUCUGGCUGAACAACACAAGCAGGUCCAGCUGGGUCAGGCCGAACCAAAGAAGACUGCCGACUUCCUCAGAGAGGCAGUAGAGACCAGACUGCGGAUGUACAUCCCCUACAUAGAAACCUGGCCUCAGGCGAUGAGCAUCCUGCUGCUUCCCCACAACAUCCCCGACAGCCUGAAGCACCUGUCCUCCAUGGUGGACGACAUCUGGUACUACGCUGGAGACCGGUCCACAGACGUGAGUGGAUCCUCCCUUAAUGUUCGGCCCACCACCUCCCAGAUGAACUGGUACACCAAGAGGGCGGUGCUGACAGGGAUCUAUAACACCACCGAGCUGGUGAUGCUCCAGGAUUCCUCCCCAGACUUCCAGGACACCUGGAGCUUCCUCGACAAUCGCAUCCAGGAUGUGGUCAACAUGGCCAGCUCAGCCAAACAGGUGCAGUCGACGGGCGAAGCAGUGGUGCAGGGGCUCAUGGGAGCUGCUGUCACACUGAAGAACCUCACAGGGUUGAACCAGAGGCGAUGAUCUGGGAAACUGACUAUCAUACCGACCAUCUGAACCCACAACCUGAGCUGAAGAUCAAUGUUCUUUCUGCUCCUAUUUCUGAUUAACUGUCAUAAAUGUCUCAAAGCUGCUGAAUUUGGGCUUUUUGUCGAGCAAGAACACGUUAUCAGUCGUCGCAGGUCCACAGUGGCUUUGAUCUGCUUCGUUUCACUGUCCAAGAUUUCACUCUUCAUCCUUUGUAUAGAAGGACACCGAUCUGUAAUCAAAUAAGAGUUCAAUAAAGUAGUUAUUGUAUAUUUA